AUGGCUCUCGCACAACUCAUUUUCGCUGUCUCUCUUCUGGCUCUUGGCGCUGAAACCCGCAAGAUCACUAUCUACAACAGGUGCCCAUUCACCAUUUGGCCUGGAAUUCAAGGGCCCGGAAACCCGGCCGGAGGAGGCUUCACGCUUCACUCUGAACAUUCCAGAGAUAUCACUGUGAGCGAUUCAUGGACAGCUGGAAGAAUAUGGGCUAGAACCGGAUGUGAUGCAAACUUCAACUGCGAGACAGGAUUCUGUGGAAACUCAGAACAGUGUAACGGAGCUGGAGGUGUCCCACCAGCUUCCCUUGCUGAAUUCACAUUGAACGGCCGUGCGGGACAAGACUUUUAUGAUGUGUCAAUGGUCGAUGGAUAUAAUAUUCCAGUUUUUAUCCAACCACAUGGUGUAUCUGGAUGUCACCGUGCUGGAGGAUGUGUCACAGAUAUGAACGCCAAUUGCCCAGGCGAUCUUAUUGUGAGAGGACGCGAUGGAAGAGUUGUCGCUUGUAAAUCUGCAUGCCUCAAAUACCAGUCAGAUCGAGAAUGCUGUCGUAAUGAAUACAACAAUCCAAGAACGUGUACCCGUUCUGCACUUGCUCAGCUUUUCAAGAAUGCGUGCCCGACAGCGUACUCCUACGCUUACGACGACGCGAGUUCCACGUUCACAUGCCAGCCAAGUGCUUCCUACACUGUUCAAUUUUGUUGA